GAAGCCUGAAACAAACACUCAAUAAUUGAUAUGUUACACGUUCAGUCUGCUAUGUAUUCAUUUUGUAGAUUUUUUUACAAACCAAUUUCCAGUUCCCGCUCCAUGUGCACUCGCCUCGCCCCUCAACUAUAAUACCAUAGAAGUGAACUAAGAAGGUUCCAAUAGAACACUAGCACAUCGCAUGAAAUGGUGCAUGGUUCUAAGCUGCGGUUCUCAAAAUAUGAUAGUACUCCACUUUUUGUGUUUGUUUGGGCUACCUCACAUUUACGUUCUGUUGCUUCCUGUUAACUGCAUUCUCCUUUUCUCCAAUUUUUUUGUCAGCUGCUACCGCCGACGUUCAGUUGCCUCUCCGUCCAAGUUUGGUCAGGUUUCUCAAGGGUAAGUGAUGGAACACUUCUUCUGUUCUGAUGGUUUAUUUUUUUCAUAUCGAUUUUCUCCUUACACGUUUCAUGACUAUUUAUUUUCUGUCUUUUAUUGCAGCUGCUUGGCCUGGCAGAUCCUAUUACAGUGGUCCUCACCUUAUCUGCCAAAACUGUGGCGCUUCGUACUGGUAUCAGGAGCGUAAUAAGCGCCUCAGUACAAAGUACCAUCCUGUCUAUACUGGUUGUUGUCGUGCUGGCCGAGUGUCUCUUCCGGUUUAUCCGCAAUGGCCUUCCCCGUUGUCUGACCUUAUGCGCUUUGAUGGCGGGUCUCAGCCAGAUCGUUUCAUGCGUUUGAUUCGAGAGUACAAUUCUAUGUUUGCUUUCACAUCUCUCGGCGUCCAUGUUGAUAGAACAGUUAAUGUUGGAAAUGGUCCGUAUGUGUUCAAGAUUUGUGGGGUCGUUUGUCAUGAAAUUGGCUCUUUGUUGCCUCCAGAGAGUGAUCGUGUUCCUAAAUUUGCCCAGCUAUAUAUUUAUGACACCCAAAAUGAAUUAGAUCAUAGGAUGGGCAUAUUUAGUCAAGACGAUGAAAUUGGUGAUGUGACUGCUACUGAUGCCCCUUCUGCGUCAUGUGCUCAGUCUUCAUCUGCUGUUGUUGGUCAGCGGCGUCGAAGAGAAGAUCUAUCAGGAGAUGGCUUUGAUGCUUCUUCCACGCGGCCAGCCCGACGUCGGCGUAGGGAGGAACCUGAUCCUGCUAUUGUGCAAUCUCUGACUACAAUGCUCAAUGGGUGCAACCCCCUUGUGCAGACAUUUCGUAUGGCAAAGGAUAGAAUGUUUUCUCCUGAUGCUCCUGAGGUUGCUGUUCGUUUAUAUGGGCAUGAGGGUGCAGACCAUGGAAACCGGUAUUCUUUACCUGUUGCCCCCGAGCUGGCCGCUCUCAUAGUCGACGACCUCACUGUAGAAGCAUGUAGGUUUGAUAUUAUCGUCCAGAAAGAGGCUGGUUAUCUUCAGCGCAUCUCGCCACUUAACCCCUCCCUCAUGGCUCUCCAGUAUCCACUUCUGUUUCCUCAUGCUACCAUCGGGUUCCAUCUUGGUAUCAGGUAUCGACAGAUUGAUGGCAUACCGUCGACUGGACGCAGCCAGGUGUCCAUGCUUGAGUAUUACUGUUACAGAUUCCAUUAUAGGAAGGGUGAGCCAAGUCCUUUCACUUGCUGUGGCCGAUUGUCACAGCAACUUCUUGUGGAUUGUUACUCCUGUGUUGAGUCAUGCAGAUUAAGUUACCACUUCUGGAAUCAGAGCACGCUUCGGUCCGAGACAUAUCAGGGUAUUUCUGAUGCUCUUGGUGAGGGAAACUCCAGUGGUAAAAAUGUUGGGGUGCAGUAUUUGUUACACUCGAGUUUUACUGGUGGACCUCUAUACAUGAUUCAGAAUUACCAGGAUGGGAUGGCUAUUUGUCGGGUCUUCGGAGCGCCCGAUCUUUUCAUUACAUUUACUUGCAACCCUAAGUGGGAUGAAAUAACUGAAGCGCUUCUUAUAGAGGCUGGACAAAGGCAUGUUGAUAGACCGGAUAUAGUUACGCGUGUUUUCAAGAUGAAAAUCAAUGAAUUCACUGGAGAUGUCAGGCGGGGCGAGGCGUUUGGUGAGGUCCAUGCAUAUUUAUACGUUGUGGAGCUCCAGAAAAGAGGCUUGCCCCACAUACAUAGCCUUGUGUGGCUGGAUGCAGACACGGAAGACCCGACGCCUUCUACUAUCGAUUCUUUUAUUUCAGCAGAGAUACCAGAUUAUGCUACAGAUCCAUUGGGAUAUGCGCCUGUGGAGGAGUUUAUGGUACAUGGCCCAUGUGGUGAACACAACCCUCAUUCUCCAUGCAUGAAAGACGGUGUUUGCUCUAAACGAUAUCCCAAAGAAUUUAACGAAGAGACUACAAUUGACGGUCUUGGUUUCCCGGUCUACCGUCGAAGCAACAACGAUCGGUAUAUUAUAAAGAAUGGAAUUCGUCUUGACAAUAGAUGGAUUGCUCCUUACAAUAUGUCUUUGGUAAAAAAGUUCCAGGCUCACAUUAAUGUGGAGUGGUGUAAUAAAACCAACCUUCUUAAAUAUUUGUUCAAAUACCUUGCUAAGGGCCAUGAUAUGGCAAGGGCCCGGUUUCAUUCUAUGUACCAGUCUACAGGCUCCGAGUCUACUGGAAGAAAUGAGAUAGACGAGUAUGUAAAAUGCAGGUAUUUGUCUGCCUGUGAGGCGUGUUGGCGUAUGUUUGCAUUCGACAUUCAUGUUCGAGCACCUUCUGUUGAAAGAUUGGUGGUCCAUCUUGAAAAUAUGAACCGUGUUAUAUAUAGCCAAGAUGACAACCUUGCUGAUGUUAUUUGUAAUCCCAAUAAGUACAAGACUAUGCUCACAGAGUGGUUUGUUGCUAACCAACGGUACACAGAUGCUCGUGAGCUGACGUAUCUGCAAUUUCCAUCAAAGUGGAGGUGGGACGCAUCAAGUAAAAGAUGGCGAAGGAGGAGGCGUCACUUGAAAUUCGGCCCCCCUAUUGGCCGUAUCUACAAUGUGCAUCCUAGCUGCGGAGAACUUUUUUACCUACGGAUGCUCCUAACGGUUGUCAGUGGUGCUACAAGUUUCAGUGACUUAAAGUUUUACCAUGGCAGAUUGCACACCUCUUUUAAGGCAACUUGCCAAGCGCGUGGGUUAGUUGGUGAUGACAACGAGUGGUUCCUCUUAUUUGAUGAAGCAGUGCAAUGGGCCUCCUCUUACCAGUUGCGUCAUCUGUUCAUGACUGUCUUGCUAUUUUGUGGUGUCACUGAUGGACAACGGCUACUAGAUAAAUAUUGGCGGUUUAUGGCAGAUGAUAUAGCUUUCCAGAUUGCACGCUCCCUGAAUGACACUGUUCAAGCAAUUCCUUCUGAAUAUUUGCAUAUCCAGCUGCUGCAUGAGCUAUCUGUCAUGUUUGGUAAAAAUGGAUAUUCCUUAUCAUCCUUUGGUAUAUCUACUGAAUCCAUUACCACUGGGAGGUCGCUUGGUAACAGGUUGAUUUUAGAAGAACUACAGUAUGACAGAAAUGAGCUUAGAAAUAUGGCUUCUUCUUUUCAUGGAAGGUUAAAUGGAGAUCAGCUCAGUAUCUACAACCAGAUCAUGUUUGCAGCCCUCAAUUCUGCUGGUGGCGUUUUCUUUGUUUCUGGUCAUGGUGGUACAGGCAAGACAUUUUUGUGGACUUCUAUUAUUGCAAGGUUACGGGCCGACGAUCAUGUUGUUCUUGCUGUAGCUUCCUCAGGUGUGGCUUCACUUCUAUUACCAGGUGGAAGGACAGCUCAUUCACGUUUUAGGAUACCUGUUGAAAUCAAUGAGCGCACCAUGUGCACCAUUUCUCGGGGCAGUAAUCUAGCCGAAUUAAUAGAGAAAGCAACACUCAUACUUUGGGAUGAAGCACCAAUGACACACAGGCGUUGUUUUGAAGCGGUUGAUAGGACCAUGAGAGAUAUUUUGUCUCUGAACGAUCCUUCCCGGAAAUUGCUCCCUUUCGGUGGAAAGACUAUAGUUUUGGGAGGCGAUUUCAGGCAGGUGCUACCUGUUGUCGAAGGGGCCAGCAGAGCGGAAGUUGUCAAUUCUUCUCUUAUGAAGUCACCCCUCUGGCAGCAUGUAACCGUUCUUAAGCUGCAGAGGAAUAUGAGAUUGUCUAAUCCAUCACUGUCCGAUGAGCAACGAGCUGAUUUGGAAGAAUUUGCACAAUGGGUCCUCGAUGUCGGUGAUGGAACCGUGCACAUGGACACCCGAGGAGGAGAAGCUACACCUUCCUGGAUCUCCUUGCCACCAGAUACAGCAUUGCUGCCAGAUUCUGAUCCCAUUUCUGCUAUUGUUGAUUCAGUUUAUGACUCAUUUGCUGGAAUGUAUUCUGAUGCAUCUUAUCUGGCAGACCGCGCCAUAGUGUGUCCUACUAAUAAAGUUGCUGACUCUAUCAACGAGACUGUUUUCUCUAGGGUGCCUGGAGAGGAGAUGGUGUUCGAGAGUUCUGAUUCCAUUUGUAAAACUCUGGACCAUGCAGCUAAUGCAGAACUGUUGUAUCCUCCUGAAUUUCUCCAUAAGAUCGACCCUCCAAACUUUCCGCAGCAUAGGAUUUCAUUGAAGGUAGGGGUUCCAAUAAUGCUGCUAAGAAAUAUCAACCAAGCUAUCGGACUCUGUAAUGGUACCCGUUUACUGGUGACACGGCUUGGUGAAUGGGUCCUCGAAGCCAAGAUUAUGACUGGGACCAACAUUGGUGAACGCGUGUGCAUACCAAGGAUUGUUUUGCACGCGCCAGCCACUAAAUGGCCUUUCACAUUACAACGCCGACAGUACCCAAUUAGGCUAUGCUAUGCAAUGACUAUCAACAAGAGCCAGGGUCAGACUCUUAAGAAGGUCGGGGUAUACUUGCCGAAGCCGGUUUUCUCCCAUGGGCAAUUCUAUGUCGCUAUCUCAAGAGUAACAUCAAGGGAAGGGCUGAAAGUACUGGCCCUCAAUGAAUCUGGCAACCCGACUACCCAGACUAGAAAUAUAGUAUACAAGGAAGCCCUUGGUCAUCUAUAAGGGUCACUUCUUAUCUGGUAUAUUUUGUUUGCAUAUACAUGCUUUAUUUCCCUCCGUCUUAUAUGCUUUCUAAUCUUUCUUAUUUCUUCUUUUUCUCAUCUAUCGUUUGUUCGCACAAUCAAUGUAUUUCCUUUUCCUUUUUCCGCUCCGCUGAGUGAUUUGGUUUCGGGGUUACCUUAUGUGUCAGGUUAUCUCUGCUCUCUUCUGCGAUGUUGCGUUUCUUCUCACUGUGUUGUCACUCAUAUAGCCAUUCCUCUUGCUCUCUCCCUUUCGUUCUAAUAUUUCCUGUUUGAUGAAUUGUCAGUUUGUACUAUGUUUGCUUAUUUCUUUUACAAUCCAUAGCUUCAGUUCUCACUACAUGGUACUAAUUACAGGUUUAUGGUCACGCGCCCUUAAGGUGAAUCACAGAGGCAUAUAGACAGAAUUCAGUUUGUUAAUCAGUUGUUUUCAUCCACUGUCUAUUCUCUGCUAUAUGGUCACUGUAUGUGUAAAAACCUAUAGUACUUGCUUGCUUUUGUUAUGGUCGCAUCUGAUUGACUGGAACAACUCUAAAUCGAUGCAUGUUAUGUACCUCAAGCUCUUAUUCU